CAUCCCUAACCUUUGGCUUUCGGGUUGAAUAAUAAUCAUCAAAUCCGAUUUUCAUGUCAACAGUUUACGUCCAAUCUGGUUCGGUGAAAAGCAUCGCCAAAUUUUCGUUCCGUUUCAUUUCCAAUCAAUGCUAAUAACUACCGCUAAACCGAACAUUACUACAUGGUGCGAAGUAGUAGCAGUGUCUUAAGACAACGGACCGAAUCUCUUCUUUUUUGCGAAAACACAACGAGCUCGGGGUCACGCGUGGUCGUGUCACUGAUAACGGGCAAUCGAUCGGAAUCGGUCGUGCCGUGCUGUAAGACGACGCUCAGUGUAUGUACAAGUGCGAUCGUAGACAGUUCCUGUUCGGCCGCGUAACCACUGCCAGAAAAUGACGGAAGUGAUCGAGAUGCUCAUGAUCAUACUGAUCGUAACGCUCUGCUUCCUGAUGAUCCCGUUCAACACGAAACCGAGUGCGGUGAUCGAAUCGCGGCGCAAGUUUGACGUCUUUGUUCGGCUGUACGACAAACCUUAUCGGAGUGAUGUGCGCGAGUACGCGUACCGGUUUCAAAUCUUUCGUACAUCGUUGAGUAAAAUUAAGCAGCUGAAUGAGUGGAGCCGGGAAGCGAAUGAUACGGCGAUCUACGGCAUUACGCAAUAUGCCGAUUUAACUGAUCGUGAGUUUAUUGCCCGCCAGCUAGCCGAUUUGUUUCCGGACGAACCAACCGGUGCGGGUAGCAUACCGAGAGCGUACCAGAAGUAUGUGAUUGAGUCGCACAGUGCGGAGAUGAAGAACGACAUCAUAUUCUCCCGGGCACGUCGUGAGCUUCUGAUACCGAACAAUCUACCACGAACGGUUGAUUGGCGUGAAAAGGGAGUCAUUUCAACGGUCAAGAACCAGGGAAGCUGUGGAGCUUGCUGGGCGAUCAGCGUCGUCGACACGAUAGCGGCACUAGCCACGAUCAAGCGAAACGAUCGCAAACUGAUCGAGCUGUGCCAUGAGCGUGUUGUACGGUGCGCAGCGAACGGGAAUAAUGGUUGCGAUGGUGGAGACACCUGCCGGUUGUUGGAAUGGUUGGCAGAAGAGAGCUAUCGGAUUGGGGCGGCCGAAUCAUGUCUCGAGCGCAACAUGGUUGAUCAGGAUGGAAACUGUACGGGAGAGAAGCCCAUCGUAGAUGGAUUACGACGCGAUGAUACCGCUGCGAAUGCGACCUUAGUGAAACGAUUCUCCUGUCAAGGCUUUGAAAACGAAGAACAUGUUAUGUUGCGUCAUCUCGCAACGAAGGGACCGAUCGUAGCCGCGGUAAAUGCCAUCUCGUGGAAGUAUUAUCUCGGUGGCGUAAUACAGUACCAUUGCGAUUCGGAUUAUGAGCUGCUUAACCACGCGGUAGCGAUCGUGGGCUAUGAGCUUAAUGCAACCGUACCGUACUACAUCGUUAAAAACUCCUGGGGACCACGGUUCGGUGAUCGCGGAUACGUGAAGGUAGCGAUCGGCCGGAACUUGUGUGGUAUUGCCAAUCGCGUUUCAUUCAUUGAGCUGAUGUAGAUGAAGGAUUGUACGGUAGGUAUUUAAGAUGUAAUUUAAUUUUAAUCUUACUCAAAACAGGUACUCACCCUGGUUACUCCAUGCCGUGCCCGUAGAUUAAUGAUUGUCAAAAUAAAAUGAUCGGGUUGUGCAUUUGUUUAUAGCAAUUAUCGUUUACUGUUCGGUUGUUUCAUCUCUUCGAUGCGGCAACUAUUUACAAAUAGUGUUAGCAAGUUGUUUACUUCGCUCAUUUCCUCUUGUCACCCUAAAUGCCUUUCUGCUAAUUUCCGAAUGGAGUUUAAUAAGGAAUGUAUUCUCUUUACUAUCGUUCACAGUGUGAUUAAUCCGGAAAAUUAGCAUAGUUCCUCAGUUCGUCACGGUAAACCCGGUGCUUACUUUUUCGUUUCUCUCAACCACUAGCGACGAAACACAGUGUGAACUUUUUUGUUUUUUGUUAUGAUACUUUUACUUAAUAUAAUUUAUCCUCAGCACCAAAUGCAAGCGCAAUGAAAGAAAGAAUUCAAUCUGACCGGUGCAAGCUGACGCGGUGCAAGAAGUGGACUAAAGACCUAUUAAACGGAUGUCAAAAACCCUACUAAACCGGUGAAUUAUUCUACUACUCCACUCACACAAAACGCAACAACCUGCACUACUGCUGCAUGACUUAAAUGUACGCUGAAGAUGAAAUGCGCUUACUACUUGUGUUUGCGUGAAUUAAGUUUUUUGGGUGGGGGGAAAAUUUUUUCUCUAAAAAACCCGUCAAUAUC